AUGGCCCUAGAGUUUUGUGAGUAUAACUUGGCUAGCUUGCUGGGCGCACGACACAUCCGAUUUCAUAUUGGUGAAAUUAAAAAACUUAUUUAUUCGAUGAUCGAUGGGUUAUAUUAUUUACAUAUCAAUAAGAUAAUGCAUCGAGACUUAAAGCCGGCCAAUGUUCUAAUAAGAAAGACAGGAGUUCUGAAGAUCGCUGACUUCGGAUUAUCCAGAGCCUUUAAAGAAAACAGCAACGGUGAGCAAAACCAAUACACAAAUAGAGUGGUGACUCUAUGGUACCGGCCACCGGAGCUUUUACUCGGUGAAAGAAACUAUGGCCCCUCUAUUGAUAUGUGGGGGGCUGGUUGUAUACUAGCCGAAAUGUGGACGAGGACCCCUAUUCUACAGGGUAAUUCGGAACAAGGACAGCUCCAUCAAAUCUGCUACCUUUGUGGCUCAAUAACUUCUGAAGCUUGGGUUGGUGUUGACAAUCUGCCACUGUUCAACAACCUUCAUUUACCCAAGAAUCACAGGCGACGGCUUAUGGAUCGCUUAAAACCGUUUGUAACGGAUAGGUAUGCCUGCGAUUUAUUAGAUAAGUUACUGGUUGUCGACCCGAAAGCGCGUAUUGAUGCAAACCAGGCUCUCGACCAUAAUUUCUUUUGA